GUUUAAUUUAGGUUUUCGUGUAAAAUCAUAAAAAAAAUCGAUUAAAAAGCCUAUUUCAUUUAAUUUAAUCACCUGUGUGCUAAAAGAGUUAAAAAAAUCUUGUUUCAACUGAAAAAGCGAUAUAAUUUGCGUUGCUUGUCGCAAUUGGACUCACAAUUUGAAGCAGCGCUUUUUCGGAAUAAAUUAGCAAAUUUAUUUUUGAACUGUGAUAUAAUAACACGUGUAAAGCAGAAAUUGUAAUAUUCUCACACAUACAAUUAUCGACACCCUCUUCUUAAAGAAAUUUAAAAUACCAACAAACACGCCAAAAGAUGUCACAAAAUCAGUCAUACUUUUGGCAAACCACCAAACAUAAUGUUUAUCUCAAACGUUCGGCCAGAUUGCAAAUGCUCAUAGCAUUAAUGGCCGUAUUGACAUUCUCUACCAUAUGUCAGGCGGAGGUAGCACGCAGAGAAAUAGAUGAAAGUGUUGCAACACUAGGUGUACCAAGCGCCUUCCCCGAUGACACACAAUUUAUGAAAGAUGCCGUAAAUGGAAAUGCAGACAAUGAAUUGAAUGAAAGUGAUGCCACCAAGGAAACUAAAACUAAUUCCGGUUUUAUCGAUGCGUUCUCCGCAUCGAUAUCAGUAAUAUUAUUUACUGAAUUAGGUGAUAAGACUUUCUUCAUUGCUGCCAUAAUGGCGAUGCGCCAUCCGCGCCUAAUCGUCUUUGCUGGCGCCAUAUCAGCGCUGGCGCUGAUGACCGUACUCUCGGUGGUGUUCGGCAUGGCAGCUACCAUUAUUCCUAAGAUUUAUACAUACUACAUUUCAACGGCGUUGUUUGCCAUAUUCGGCUUGAAAAUGAUCUAUGAAGGUUAUUUCAUGAAGGACAGCGAUGCGCAGGAGGAAUUUGAGGAGGUGCAAUCGACUUUGCGUAAACGUGAAGAUGAGUUGAUGCGUAAGAAGCACGGCAAAUACGAUGAUGCCGAUGCCAAGCGCAAAAACAGCAACUCAGACAAAGAAGAUGAGGGUCUAGAGCGUGGCGCUGGCGUCACCACCACCAUCAGCAGCGGCUGCACCCCCACCACCGCUACCACCAUCGCUGUCGUCACACAAAACACAAAUCCCGAAAUGUCGCAUCGACAACGCAAACACAAUAAUAAUAAUCAUUUAAAAAAUACUAAUAAUAAAAAUGGCUGUGAUGUUAACAAGGACGGCGCUGAUUCGGACAAUAGCAGUUGCCAUGAAAACGAUAUCUUCCUAAAUGGUGUGAAUGGUGGUGUUGGUGUUGGUGUUGGUGUUGGUGUUGGUGAUGUUGCCAUUAUUGGUGGUGAUAGCUUGAAAAGAUCCAACUUCCACAGCAGUCCUGCACUGUCGGCGUCCGUGCUUUCGAAUCAAACCGAACAAACGAAUUGUGAUGAAUUUACUAAUAGUCCAAAUAAGCUUAAUUUUAAUUCCCAAAAUGAUAGCGGCAACGACGAUAAUGCUAUUAAUGGCAUUGACGCUGACAUUGAAGAUGAUGAUGAUGAUGAUAUUGCGACCGUCGAUAGUGGUCAUGGUGGCACACCGAUACAUGGCAAACGUGGAAAACAACAACUCACAAAAUCAGGUAGUGUUGAUAGAUCAACAGCAAUGGUGCAUUCAGCAUCCGCUGCGGCUGUCGUUAUGUUGCACAACAACAACAAUAAGCAUGGAAUCAUUACAGGCACCAGUAAUAGUAUAACUAGUUUGAAUAGUCUCAACUUAAACUCAAACGGCAGCUUUGGCAGCGGCGGCGUAGUGACUGUUGUAGGCGGUGGCGUCGUCGGUGGACAGCCGAAUGGCGAGUUGAAGCAACUCGGUGGCAGCAAGAAGCGG